UUUGACGAGGAUGGUUAAGCAACGUGUUGCAUUGCACACAAUAUGAUGCCAUGCUGAUCACUUGAGAAUUUAACCACUUGUAUCACCGAUCGUGUAAUUAAAACGUAUCCGACCGACAUGCGUUGCUUCAUAAUCAAGUGGGAUUUGAAUUUACACAACUUCAUAGAUAUUUUUUUUAAAUAUGAAACUUAAAAUAAAAUUUGUGUGCUUUUUCAUUUUUGUUGGAGCUUUUCUUGCAGUUUUAUACGACUUUAAACUCUCUUCAUUCCGCUUAAAAAUCACUUGGAAGAAAUCAAGUAAAAAUAGUACAGAGGAGAGACAGAGAACGGCAAAUGGCGUAGACAAUGGAUUCGUUUAUGACAAUGAAAAGCUGUUCCUCGAACCAGCCGUACAUACAGACUUCCCAUCUGCAGAUGGACAGCAACCAAAAAUACCCCAUAUUAUUCACCAGACUUAUAAAGAUACUAAUGUUCCAAACCAAGCCGACCCAUUCAUCAGAUCGUUUAUCAACCAUAACCCUAACUGGACGUAUUAUUUUUGGACGGACGACUCCGCCAGGAAGCUGCUUACAGCCAGAUACCCAUUUUUCUUGCAAGUCUGGGAUAGGUACAAGCAUUACAUGCAUCGUGCGGACGCUAUGAGGUAUUUCAUUUUACAUCAGUUUGGCGGAGUAUACGCUGACCUGGACAUGGAAUGCUUACGACCCCUCGACCAUGUCACAAGGAAGUUUUCGUGUAUUUUCCCACCAGAACCUUUUCCCAACAGUGUAUUUGGUCUCAGCUGGCCUUAUAUUAUUAACAACGCAAUUAUACUGUGUAAGCCAGGUCACCCGUUUUUGGAAUACAUGAUGCAUGACUUGGAGAAGACGGCAACACGAAAAGAAAUUCUUGUAGUUGCAGGUCCUGCGUUUGUUACUGAGGAAUAUGGUAAAUACAUGAAAGUUAUGGAAAAGAUCAUGAACCACUCGAAGACGUCGACAAACAAGCUAAGUGCAACCGAGCCGUACUUUUAUCAAGCGCUGAAGUUGCCUACUGAAAUCGACGAUCGGUUAGUCUAUGUUCCAAACACACACUAUUUUAUGAAUACCUUUUCUCCAGUACAUAAAAUUCAUGAAAAAAUAGCAGCCUGUGCGUACUGGGAUGAAGGCAUGAACAUUACACAAUGUCAACAACACAACAGCAACAGCUCGACGUGUGAUCGCUGGAUAAAACCUCCUGUUCCGUCAAAAGAUGCAUGCAAAACCAAGAAGUUCAUUUACUGUAACAAGCCUAACGAGUUGCAGAAAAAGGCUUGUCAUGAAUUGGCAAGGAAUGACAUGCAACUGAAGGAUCAAUUACGAUACACGUUCACAAAGCAUAAUUACUUCGGAUCUUAUAAUAAUCAAAAGAAAUAUAAAGAGACUAUUAGCAUAUUUGAUAUCGCUCCUCAUGCAAAUGUUUACACUAAUUUGACUACGGUUUAACUUUGAUGGAUAAAGACACAUAUGACGUCACUAUAUUAUGUGGUGUACAUCUGGGGACUAAGGUAUAUAGAAUAAGCAUACUAUAAUAAUGGCUGAAUCGACAUAUUUAUUCUGCAAAAGAGCAUUCUUAUUCCAUGUGCCAUUUUCAUACAUACCAUGCAUAUAUGUUCACCCAUACAUAAUCUAAUACUACGUGAAUAUAAGUGGCUAUUCAUAGUUUUCCGCCAUUUUGUUUUCUGGGAACUGGCAAGUGCGUCAUGAUACAUCGUUUUAUUUCCCAACAUGAAUGUUAUUUACAACUUUUACUGUAAUCUUAUUCUGUCCUACAAGAUAAUUUGUUAAAUGAAAACUGAUACAUUGUAAUAUUCGCGCCUUCCUAACUGUAAAUUUUAAGGUUAUAAAAUUAUGUUGACUUAUAGAGAUACUUAUGUUCCAAAACAAGCCGAGCCGUUCAUCAGAUCGUUUAUAAACCAUAACCCUAACUGGACGUUUCAAUUUUGGACGGACAACUCCGCCAAAAAGCUGAUAACAGACAAAUACCAUUUCUUCGUACAAGUCUGGGAUACGUACAAGCAUUACAUGCAUCGUUCGGACGCUAUGAGGUAUUUCAUUCUACAUCAGUUUGGUGGUGUAUACGCUGACCUGGACAUGGAAUGCUUACGACCCCUCGACCACGUCACCAGGAAGUUUUCGUGUAUUUUCCCACCAGAACCAUUUUUCAACAGUGUAUUUGGUCUCAGCUGGCCUUAUAUUAUUAAUAACGCCAUAAUGAUGUGCAAGCCGGGUCAUCCAUUUUUGGAAUACUUGAUGCAUGAUUUGGAGAAGACGGCAACACGAAAAGAAAUUCUAUACGUCGCAGGUCCUGCGUUUGUUACUGAGGAAUACGGUAAAUACAUGAAAGUCAUGGAAAAGACCAUGACUUACUCAAAGACGCCGACUAAGAAGCUAAAUUCAACUGAGCCGUACUUUUAUCAAGCUCUUAUGUUGCCUACUGAAAUUGACGAUCGGUUAGUCUAUGUUCCAAACACACAUUAUUUUAUGAAUACCUUUUCUCCAGUACAUAAAAUUCAUGAAAAAAUAGCAGCAUGUGCGUACUGGGACGAAGGAAUGAACAUUACACAAUGUCACCAAAUCAACAGCUCGACGUGUGAUCGCUGGAUAAAACCUCCUGUUCCGCCAAAAGAUGCAUGCAAAACCAAGAAGUUCAUUUACUGUGUCAAGCCUAACGAAUUGCAAAAAAGGCUUGUCAUGAAUUGGCAAGGUAUGACAUGCAACUAAAGGAUCAAUUACGAUACACGUUCACAAAGCAUAAUUACUUCGGAUCUUAUAAUAAUCAAAAGAAAUAUAAAGAAACUAUUAGCAUAUUUGAUAUUGCUCCUCAUGUACAUGUUUACAGUAGUUUGACUUUGAUGGAUAAAGGCACAUAUGACGUGACUUUAUUAUAAUGUUAUUAAUUUGGUGAUUUCAUAUUGGCCUAGUUAUUUGUCCGAGGUAAAAUGUAUUUGCCUGAGCUCGAUCAUUUCGUGCGCGUCGUGAAAUCUGUAUCUGCAAAUAUCCACUUGAGUCGAAUAAAACCUCCCGGAUCAAAACUCAGUUCUAAUAACCGGCUUGUCGAUGUAUAUAUAUAUAUAUAUAUUUAAGCAAUGCAAAUAUACGUUGGACGUUUUUGGAAAUAGAGAGGACUUUGUUUUCCCAUGUUCCCAUCAUUAAAUUAGACGCCAUCCUGACAGAUUAAGGAGAGCCAGAUGUGGUUGGUUUGUUGGUUUAUGGGUUGAUCUGUCGGUCGGUCUCUUUAAGUAGGCUUGUAUCUCAGUGUUUACUGCAUUUUUGUGUAAAUAUGAGCAAAAUGCCAAAGACCUAAAUAUGUUAUAAAUAAAAGAUAAUAAUCGCUUAAGCAUUUAAACAGAUUGCUUUAAUUAAUCCUGCAAAGCAAACCACAUCGUGUUAGGCCACUAUUGUUCGUCUUGUAAUCUCACUCUCGAUUUCGUUUUCUGAGUAGAAUCCAACACUGGAGACCUUUAUGAUGGGUCAAAGAAGUUUUCUGUAUAUGUUUUUUUAAUA